CUGGAUCCUGGGUGUGUGCAGUCAGUCCCAGUCAGUCAGUCGAGCCCGUAGGUGCGGGGAGAAAGCACCAGCAACAUUGCAACGUGGGUCCAGCUGUUCCUGUCAACUGUCACCUUCCCUGGAAACUUCUCCCUUUGCUCCAACUGGCGGGCCCAGAAUGGGAAACUACCCGAGCUAGUUCCUGAAGAGGACGUCAAUUCAGGGGCGGACUGCCAAAAGUGCCAGGUCGAUCCCUCAUUCAGUCAGCCAGCCAGUGAGUCAAUCACAUCCUUCACGUCCAGGGAAGGGUUCCAGGAGCAUCACUGGAGAUGCAAACUUUCCUAAAAGGCCGGAGAGUCGGCUACUGGCUCAGUGAGAAGAAGAUGAAGAAGCUGAAUUUCCAAGCGUUUGUAGAUCUGUGCAGGAAAAGAGGGAUAGAGGUUAUUCAGUUGGACCUCAGCCAGCCUCUCGAAGAGCAGGGUCCCCUGGACGUCAUCAUCCACAAACUGACGGACCUCAUCCUGGAGGCGGACCAGAACGAUUCUCAGGCGGUGCUGCUGGUGCAACGAGUGCAGGACUACAUUGAUGCCCACCCCGAGACCAUUGUCCUGGACCCCCUGCCAGCUAUCAGGACUCUACUGGACCGCUGCAAGUCUUACCAGCUCAUCCAUAGGAUAGAAAGCUGUAUGCAAGAUGAGAGGAUUUGCUCUCCUCCAUUCAUGGUGCUCAACACAGAGUGCAGCCCGGAUGUGCUGGAGCAGAUCAGGAAUCACGGACUCACCUUCCCCUUCAUUUGCAAAACGCGAGUGGCCCAUGGAACCAACUCCCACGAGAUGGCCAUUAUCUUCAGCGAGGAUGACCUGAAGGACGUGAAGCCCCCCUGCGUCGUCCAGAGUUUCAUCAACCACAACGCAGUGCUCUACAAGGUGUUUGUGGUUGGGGACUCCUACACGGUGGUGGAGAGGCCCUCCCUCAAGAAUUUCCCCGCCGGACCUGCGGAACUUGUCACACUAUCAUGGGAACACUAUGGAAGACUUCAGCAGCUAGAAGGUGGACUAAUGGCUUUGUCUGCGGCCUCUUUGGACAGGAAAGCCAUUUUUUUCAACAGCCACAACGUUUCCAAGCCGGAGUCGUCCUCAGACUUGACCUCAAGGGAGAAUGUAGAGGGUGUGUCUCAGCCUCCCAGCGACGACGUCAUCCGGGAACUGUCCAGGUCCUUGCGGCAGGCCCUGGGCGUGACCUUGUUCGGCAUCGACGUCAUCAUAAAUAACCAAACGGGCCAGCAUGCUGUCAUUGACGUCAACGCCUUCCCCGGUUACGAGGGUGUCCCCGAGUUCUUCAGCGACCUGCUCAACCACAUCAGCAGCGUGCUCCAGAGCCACGUCAGCACAUCCGAGGUGCCCCCCGCCGGCGAAUCGCCCAAAGGCCUGAACACCGCUGCCGCUGCCACCCCCCCGUGGAUGGUGGAGGGCGACGCUGGACUGAAGGGCGCGCGGCACCAGCGGCUAGGCUGCAGCUCGCCCAUGUCGCCCAGCUUUCAGCAGCACUGCGUGUCCUCUAUAGCCACCAAGGCCUCCUCCCAGUGACUGAGCCCUACCCCCCCACCCCCAACCCCUCUCUGGAAAAAAACACACAUCACAACGGUGACAAUAACAAUGAAUAAUAAAUCAUGAUAAUUAUGAUGGAAAUGAUAAUUUACAGGUA